GCCGUGAGUAGCACACGGGCCGCGCGCGAGACGAACGCCUUCCACCACGUACGUACUUCCGCGAUCACAUCACUUUCGCUACGUAAACAAUUCGAACGAUUCGUGUUUUCAAACAUAUUUCCCUCAUAAGUGGCGAUUCGCACGUACCUAGUGACAGCGCCGACAUGUAUCACGGAUAGAGCGAAGAGGUGUAACAACACAUGAUGAUCGGAGCCUGGAGCAGCCAAGGGCUCUCGCUCCUUCUCCUAAUAUUGGCUGUUAUAACGCAAUCUUUAUGCGAUCCUGAGGUUUACUACGAGAAACAGCGCUACGAUGGCUGGUUCAACAACAGAGCAUACCCUGAUUGGGGAUCAGUGGGCAGUCGACUCACACGCAAGACGCCGGCAUCAUAUGCGGAUGGAGUUUACAUGAUGGCUGGCACAGACAGACCCGGGGCUCGGGCCUUGUCCAAGCUAUUUAUGAGAGGGCAAGAUGGAUUACCCUCAUUAGCCAAUAGAACAGCUCUAUUAGCUUUUUUCGGUCAAAUAGUGACAGGCGAAAUAGUAAUGGCAUCAGAAUCCGGUUGUCCGAUAGAACAACAUCGGAUUCCCGUGGACAAAUGUGAUCAUAUGUAUGACCCAGAGUGUAAAGGUGCCAAAUACAUGCCGUUUCAUAGAGCUGCUUAUGACAGGAACACGGGACAGAGCCCUAAUAGCCCAAGAGAACAGAUUAACCAAAUAACAUCUUGGAUCGAUGGCAGCUUCGUCUACAGCACGAGCGAGGCCUGGGUGAAUGCAAUGAGGUCAUUUCAGAAUGGAAGCUUAGCAAGUGAAGGUGGAUUACCAUUACGCAACAAAAAGCGCGUACCGCUCUUCAAUAACCCAGUGCCCCAUUAUAUGAGAAUGCUUAGCGCAGAACGAUUAUUUUUAUUAGGAGACCCAAGAACAAAUCAGAAUCCAGCUAUGGUUACGUUUGGAAUAUUGCUGAUGCGAUGGCACAAUGUAGUAGCAGCACGGAUACACAAACAGCAUCAGGAUUGGACUGACGAACAGUUGUUUCAAAGGGCAAGACGUAUUGUUAUAGCCAGCUUACAGAAUAUCAUUUUAUACGAGUAUGUGCCAGCAUUUCUCGGCGUCCCCAUACCGCCAUACCAAGGUUACCGUGCAGAGAUUGCGCCAGGAGUCACCCAUGCUUUCGCAGUAGCAGCAUUUCGUUUUGGCCACACCCUUGUACCCCCAGCGAUACUACUGAGGGACAGAAACUGUAGAUAUGGCAGAGCGCCAGGCGGCCAUGACGCAAUACGUCUAUGCCAGACUUGGUGGGAUGGUAACGAUGCAAUGUCUCAAGUACCAAUAGAAGAAAUUUUAAUGGGUAUGGCAUCUCAAAUAUCCGAACGAGAGGAUGCAUUACUAUGUUCUGAUGUAAGAGAUAAUCUAUUUGGACCAAUGGAAUUCUCUAGAAGAGACCUUGGUGCACUUAACAUCAUGAGAGGAAGGGAUAAUGGAUUGCCAGAUUAUAAUACGGCUAGAACGUAUUUCGGACUACCUAAGAUAAAAACUUUUAAUGAAAUUAACCCACAACUAUUUGAAGAAAAUCCAGAUUUACUACAGAAAUUGGUCCAGGUUUAUAACGGCCGCCUCGAUAAUAUAGAUGUUUAUAUAGGCGGUAUGUUAGAAUCGACUGGACAUCCUGGAGAGUUGUUCAGAGCCAUAAUUAUCGAUCAAUUUACUAGAAUACGAGACGGAGAUAGAUUCUGGUUUGAAAAUGAAGCUAAUGGCAUAUUCACUAAAAUGGAAAUUGAAGAACUUCGUCGUAUCACUCUUUGGGACAUCAUAGUGAAUAGUACAGCUGUUGGUCCCAGUGACAUACAGCGUGAUGUUUUCCACUGGGGUGAGGGAGACCCGUGUCGACAGCCUUAUCAGUUAAACGCUUCUAAACUACCGCCCUGUAAAUAUCUGAAAGGCUAUGAUUAUUUUGAGGGAAAUGAAUUCGCAUACAUCUACACAUGUUUAAUUCUGGCAUUCGUACCAAUUCUAUGCGCUGGUGCCGCGUACGGAGUUGUGAAACUACAAAAUAGUAGACGACGUAAACUUAAACUGCAACAAGAAAACAUUAAAAAUGCACAAAGCAAAGGAUCUGUGGACAAAAUGGUAUGUCGUGAAUGGGUUCACGCUUCACACAAGAGACUGGUAAAGCUUCGCCUGGGACCCGAACCCGCGCUACACGUGACCGACCGCAAAGGGGAUAAGUUACGCACUGUGCCGUUGGACCAUACUGAUCAAUUCACUGUUAUUGAAAGCCAGGAAAGUCACAACAAGCGUCCAUUAGUACUAAUAAGGGUUCCGCGAGAGCACGACCUUGUUCUAGAAAUGGAUUCUGUGACGUCACGACGGAAGUUUCUGCUCAAACUGGACACCUUCCUCUCGCAACAUAAGAAGACCUUGAAUCUUACGCAGGCGGGUCGUGAAAACAUUCUAACAUCAGCAGAGACAAGAGAGCGUAGAGCUCGGAAACUGGAGCAUUUCUUCAGAGAAGCGUACGCUAUUACAUUUGGGUUGGCGCCCGGAGAGAAACGCAGAAGGAAUGAAGAUGCUGAUCCUGAGUCGAUUGUCAUGAGAACGUCCUUAUCGAAGAGCGAGUUUGCAAGCGCCCUCGGGAUGAAAGCUGAUGCCGUUUUUGUCAAGAAAAUGUUCAACAUUGUGGACAAGGAUGGCGAUGGAAGAAUUUCUUUCCAGGAAUUCCUCGACACAGUGGUACUAUUCUCUCGUGGUGCUACAGACGACAAACUACGCAUUAUAUUCGACAUGUGCGAUAACGAUAGAAAUGGAGUCAUAGAUAAGGAAGAACUUAGCGAAAUGUUGAGAUCGCUCGUGGAAAUUGCCAGAACCACUUCGCUAAGGGACGAACAUGUUACUGAAUUGAUUGAUGGAAUGUUUUCUGAUGCUGGUCUCAAACACAAGGAUCACUUAACAUAUUCGGAUUUCAAACUAAUGAUGAAGGAAUACAAGGGGGAGUUUGUAGCCAUUGGUCUCGACUGUAAGGGCGCUAAACAAAACUUUCUUGAUACUUCCACCAACGUCGCCAGAAUGACAAGUUUCCAUAUUGAACCUUCCAUGGAACAAUCUAGGCAUUGGUUCCUCCUAAAAUGGGAUUAUUUAACCACGUUCCUAGAAGAAAACAGACAAAACAUAUUCUAUCUGUUCAUCUUCUAUGUUGUUACUAUUGGGCUAUUUGUUGAGAGAUUCGCGCAUUAUUCCUUCAUGUCGGAACAUUUAGACUUGAGGCAUAUAAUGGGAGUUGGUAUCGCGAUCACAAGAGGCUCAGCUGCGUCGUUGUCCUUCUGCUAUAGUUUGUUGUUGCUGACUAUGUCCAGGAAUUUACUGACCAAAUUGAAGGAAUUCAGUAUCCAACAGUACAUUCCCCUGGACUCCAGCAUCCAAUUCCACAAGAUAGUAGCCUGUACCGCUCUGUUCUUCUCUCUCCUGCACACAGCGGGUCACUUGGUCAACUUCUACCACGUGUCCACUCAGCCCGUGGAGAACUUGAGAUGUUUGACCAAAGAAGUGCAUUUCACUUCGGAUUUCCGACCCGGCAUUACUUAUUGGGUGUUCCAGACUGUUACUGGCGUAACAGGCGUAGCGCUGUUCAUACUAAUGUGCCUGAUCUUCGUGUUCGCACACCCCACGGUCCGCGCACGUGCAUACCCGUGGUUCUGGCGCGCACAUUCAUUGCACGUGGGACUAUAUGCACUAUGUUUAGUACAUGGUCUUGCGAGGUUGACCGGACCACCGAGAUUCUGGAUAUUCUUCUUGGGACCAGCGAUCAUUUAUAUUUUGGAUAAGGUGGUGUCGCUACGUACAGAAUAUUUGGCAUUAGAUGUGUUGGAAACAGAAAUGCUUCCAUCAGACGUCAUCAAAAUUAAGUUCUACAGACCACCAAAUCUAAAAUAUUUAUCAGGUCAAUGGGUUCGUCUAUCAUGUACCGCAUUCAAAAAGGAAGAGUACCAUUCCUUCACGCUAACAUCAGCCCCUCACGAGAACUUCCUCUCGUGUCACAUCAAAGCACAAGGACCUUGGACUUGGAAACUGAGGAACUACUUCGAUCCUUGCAAUUAUAAUCCGGAAACUCAACCAAAAAUUAGGAUACAAGGUCCAUUCGGCGGUGGGAACCAAGAUUGGUACAAGUUCGAAGUAGCAGUGAUGGUGGGAGGAGGCAUUGGAGUCACGCCGUACGCGUCUAUACUCAAUGACUUGGUGUUCGGGACCUCUACCAAUAGAUAUUCUGGGGUGGCUUGUAAGAAGGUAUACUUCCUGUGGAUCUGUCCAUCGCACAAGCACUUCGAGUGGUUCAUCGACGUGCUACGUGACGUGGAGCGCAAGGACGUCACCAGCGUGCUCGAGAUACACAUAUUUAUUACGCAGUUCUUCCAUAAGUUCGAUUUGCGGACUACUAUGCUGUACAUCUGCGAGAACCACUUCCAGCGCCUGUCCCGCACGUCCAUGUUCACGGGGCUGAAGGCGGUCAACCAUUUUGGUAGACCUGACAUGUCCUCCUUCCUUAAAUUCGUCCAAAAGAAACAUAGCUAUGUAUCAAAAAUCGGCGUGUUCUCGUGCGGUCCGCGGCCGCUCACCAAGUCCAUAAUGUCUGCGUGUGAGCAAGUCAACCGCACACGACGUUUGCCUUACUUCAUACAUCACUUCGAGAACUUUGGCUGAAAAUAUAUGCUUUUGGCGGGUCUAGCUUGUAAUAUAAAUAAAAUUUAAAUACAGAAAUCUUUUUUUUGUUACUAUAAACUUAAAAUUAGAUAUUUCAAUCUGUGGAGAAUAGACACUUUCAACUAUCGUCUGUUUAAACAAAAAUUAUACAAUGUUAUUAAAGUAAUUUUUUGUGUGAUGAAAAUUUGUAUUUUUUAACAUCCCAAUUUUAUAUUGUUUUUUUUUUUUGCAAUUUGCGUGUCAAUGUAGUCACCAUUAUCGAAUUAAAACUAUGUGUAUAGAAUUUGUAAUGAUAUAUUUAAAUGCUUUUGUAUAUUUUGCACUUAAAGUUAGAUCCGCCAUUUAUCUCUAUGAUAAGUUAAUAUUCUGAUGCUACAUUUCCUACAACACUAUGUAACAUUGUGUAACACUGCCAACUCUAUACCUGUUCAUAUAUUUGUUUUUAAUAAUUAAAAUUUAAUAAUUAAUAAGAUUUUAAACACUAGAAACUCAUGCGACUAAACCAUAUUAAUGAAUGUAAAAAUGAAUCGCCUUAAAACUUAAUUUAUUAUUUAUUGCUAGUUUAUGCUUAUAUUGUUGCUCUAAAUCUGCGAGCUAGUACAACGACCUUGCAUUUGAAUGUACAAAGUUAAUUAAAACGUUUUCAAUCAAAAUACUCAAUCAGAUUGCAGUUUUUUAUUUAUUAAAAUAUACAAAAUUAUGAAGAUGCUAUGUAAAUAAUGUAGAUAAUAUUGGAUAGAAUAUAGGUGUAGAUUUUUGUAUU